AUGCAUAUUAUACUGUUAACCUCGCUUGCUGCGACACUCGCGGCGUGCAGUCCGGAACCUCACAGCUUCAACUUGGACGGCACUCAUAUCUCCGAACCAUGUAACUUGUACGAAGAUGUGUCGCGGAAAUUUCGGGCGGACUUGUACAAUAUCAGUCUUAUAACGUACCAGGCACUCGCCAGACGCAGUGAUCUCAACUACGUGUAUUCUCCACUCUCGAUAUGGCUUACAUUAGCUGGAUUGGCAGAGGGAGCAGACUAUCACACUCAGCAACAGCUGUUCAACUUUUUAAAACUCUCCACGGACGCCUGCAGCCGACAGAAAUACUACCGGCGGGCUACUUCUCGCAUCGUCCAGUCUGAUGACGUCAAUAUUAUUAACAAUCGUAUUCUACUGAUCGACUCUGGCGUCACACUCAACCCCACCUGGUACGAUCUAGUGUUGAAGAACAACCUCCUUGAAGUACUCAGCGCUCCUUUACGAAGUAAUCCUAUCUUAACUACCAUUGAGGUGAAGCAGUUGACGAAUAUUCAUAAUUCAAGACUCGACUUAACAGGCAAUUCAAUUCUACUGGACACAAUCGACUAUAAUGCUCUUUGGACAACAGAAUUCGAACAUGCGAAAAUCGAUCGAUCUCCGUUCUUCAACCAAGUUGGAGAACUCGUAGGAUUCGUGGAUUUAAUGAGGAUGAAGAAGCGUGCUAGGUUGGGGCACAUCAAGAGCGUGAAUGCGAAGGCGCUAGAGUUACCGGUUGGUCAGGAUGAGAGAUUUAAGAUGGUGUUCGUAAUAUUCCUGGAAACAAAUGAUGUGAACCAGAAGCUGAAUAUAUUGGACACAAGUGUUGCAUUCGAAGUUUUUGAUUCGUUCAAGACUAGCUACGUACCGGUAGAGGUGGCUAUACCUCGCGUUUUGAUCACCAGUGAGGUGGACGUGAGGUCGAUGCUUGAAGAAUUGGGUAUCACAAGUUUAUGGAACGAUCCUGUGGCAACGAGGAACAUAUCGAGUCCGUCAGCUCUGCCGAGAAGCUACGUGCAGCGCACAGCCCUGACCUUAGACAACAGAGGCCUGUUACCGCCGCCUCCGCCAGAAAUACUCGGCCCGCUCGACACUCCAGUCACCGGCUUGGACCCGAAGCUCGGAAACGACUUCAUAGCAAACCAACCCUUCUUCUUUGGACUAUUCGACUCAGAAUCCCUUACAUGUAUAAUUGCGGCUGCGAUCUCCGCACCUACAUACAAAUUCUAAGACGUG